UCAGGUGGGGAGCUUACCUUUGUGGUCACGUGACGCGUCUGUGCGCCAGGGUAAAGGUGGACUGCUUUGUGCUGCGGUGACUGUAAUUUGACUGCCGCCCUCAGAGUGCCAGUCGACUUUCUCGGACUGUGAUCGUAGCUGACCUGGAAACUAUUUUAUUUUUUCAAUAUGUCUUUGAGUCGGAGAAACUGGUCGGCUUUGUCCAGCCUUGCACGACAGUGGACAAUGGAGGACGAGGAGGAGGUGGAGAGGGAGAAGAGGAGGAGGGUGAAGAGCUCAAGCACCAAUGCUGACCAAGAUGAUGACUCCAGCCCCACUCCCACUCCUAAAAACACAUCUGCCAGCGACAGCGCCUUUGGGACAGACUCCUCAAGUGAAAUGUCCCAAGGCUCCAACAGCAUGGAGCAGGUACAGCUUGACUUUGUGGAGAUGCUGCGAGUGCGUGAUGAAAGGCGAAGGAUGCGGCACGUGGAAACGUUGAGACAACAGAAGGAGGAAGGGGAGGAUGAAGCUGAGGUCAGCAAAGAAGGAGGUGCCAGGGUAGAGCUGCUGGGAGACAUGGAUAAAGAAAAGGAAAGUGUUGACAAACCACAGCCACCAGUAAAAACAUCUUCUCACAGUCCCACCAGCACCACCAGCAGCAAAAGUAGAACCAGCAUCUCAAGCAAAAAACAUGAAAAUGAAGAGUCAUCGGGCAAAGACCCUGAUCCAAAACCCUCCUCCAGCCCAGCUCGCAAGUUUGUCAGUUCUGUCUCCAUCUCACUUGACAAGAGUCCAUCUGUCAGUGGGCGCACAACUCCCAUGAGCCCCGGUUCUCCAUCAGCCCCCUGGUCACCUCGCGAACACUGCACUUCACCCUGCCAGAGUCCCUCUCCUCUGGGAUCUCAAAGCCCUGUUCAAAAUGGGCACACGGAGGAGACCGGCGCGAAUAGCUCCACCAGUGGAAACUUUGAACAGGGAAACAAACCUGCCUUCAUCAGACAGAGCUCCAGGACUGUAUCUUUCAGGAUGAUGAGAAAGAAAGAAGAGGAUGCUUCGCCGCUCCAGAGGAGCUCAAGUGUGAGGAUGGCCUCCAAGAAGUUUGAAUCCAACACACCGGACCAAAAUGAGGAUGAAAACAAAGCAUCGUCUUUCCAGAGAAACUCUAGGCAGAGGAUUUCAUCUAGAUCCAUCCAGGAAAAGAUGGAGAGACUGGCUCAGGCAGCGCAGAAGUCUGAGCUGACGCGAUUCCCAGAUGUCACCCAGAGGACUCUGGUUCUGUUGGAAGAAGUGUCCAGGAAGAGAGAGCUCUUUGAGAAGGAGCAGCAGGUGCAGAGCCCCACCAGUCCCGGAGUUUCCAGACAGGAAAUUAGAGGCUUGACAUCAGGAAUGUCCGAGCGGAUCAACCGCUGGCUCAACAAGAGCAACAAAGCUGGGUCUGCGCACAGUCCUGCUGAUUUGAGACAUGUGGACAUUUCUAGUAAGAGGAGCCUGUUUGAGAAUAGAGGUGAAGACAGUGUCUCAAAAACCAGCCCUGGAAAAAUCUGAAGUGAAGGAAGUUUAUUUAUAAUGUCUGACAGGAUUGCAGGAUUUUAAGAUGGCGAAGGGAGAGGCAGAGAUUUGGAAGAUUAACGGAUUUGAUGACUGAGUGAUUUUUUUUUUUUUCCCUUUACCGUCAAAGCACAAAUGUAAAACAUGCAGGAGGAAGAGAGAGAAAUGGCCUGUUGGGUUGUAGCUUUAGAGAACUGAAAAGGAGGAAACUGCUUUUAAAGUUAAAAAGCUUCUAUCAUACACUUUUGCUUUGCUUCUUUAAAAAUAAGUAUACCUACUUUUAACAUUAAAAUACCCCCAAAAAGACGCGUCAGUGAUGUUUUAUUUGUUCGCCUUAACGUUGUGUAAUUUUUUUUAAGCACUUUAAACAGGUGAAGGCUUUAAGGAUUAUAUCUUUUACUGAAUUACACUGCUGGGAUUGCUGGAGUUGUAAUAUGUGUGUCUUGUUUAAUUUGCCAAUGUAAUUUUUUUUUUUUUUUUUUUUUUUGGUUUUAUCCGGACUUGUGGACGAGAUUCUGCCUUUCUAAGUAAUAAAAUGUUUUACUACUA